AUGGGUCUCCCACGAUUUUGUCCGAGACUUCUCUCCUGCACACUGCGCACACCGAAUGUAGCAUCCUCUCUGUCUGUCUCGACGCAUCUGCGCGUCCCCGGCCCCGUCUCGCAGCUCCGAAUGGCGUCUUCCACCCCCCGAUUUGCCGAGGGUGAAGACCCGCAACGGUUGGGGCUGGACACACAGAGUCUCCUGCAGCAAGGAUGGGCGCUGGACGCCGAAGGGAUGGCGGUAACCAAGACGUUUCACUUCAAAAGCUAUUUCAAGGCGGUGUCAUUUGUCAACCUCAUUGCAUCGGAGAGCUCAUCGAAGAAACAUCAUCCAACCAUGACGGUGCGCAUCGGUUCAGUUGAUGUCCACUGGACGACACAUCGUCCGCGCGGUCUGACUCACAAGGAUAUCGCCAUGGCCCAGCACUGCGACAACGGGGCCGGGCUGAUGGGAGCAGUUGAGACCGGACAAGGAUUGAAGUGCGGGCCAAGUCCUUGA